AUGAACAUCACUGUAAAUACAUCAUCCAUAUCUCAAUUUCAACUCGCUUCCAGAUAUCUCAGCCAUACUUUUGCCUUGCCUCUAUGUAUCAUUGGUAUACUGGGUAAUCUACUGAAUGUCAUCGUGUUCGUCAAACUGAACAAUUACAAACACAAUGCAUCGUCAUUCUAUAUCUUGUGCAAGACUUUUUAUGACCUACUGGUGUUAGUUCUUGGGCUGGGUCUUCGGGUACUUGAUCAUAGUUUUCAAGUAGAUUUGUCCGUGAAAAGUCGCUUCUGGUGUCGAAUUCGUCUUGCUUUAUUAGAAUUUGGUGUAUUCAAUUCAUUGACAUGUCUUUGUCUUCAGUCGAUAGACGCAUAUUUCUCUUCUUCGCCAUCAGUUACUCUCCGACGGAAAAGUCAAAUUCAAACUGCUCGGUAUAUUAUCUUUGCUUUUGCAUGCUUUUGGUUUUGUCAUCAAAUUCCAUCUGUUAUUUUUCAAGAUCUUAUCAGUAUUAAAGGUAAACCGGCAUGUCGAACAACUAGUAAACACUAUUCACAAUAUCGGAAUUAUUUCGUUGUCAUUGCUUUCAGUACAAUUAUUCCUUUGAUUAUUAUUGGUAUCUUCGGAUUUCUUACUUACCGACAGCUUCAUGCAAUAGACAGUGAUCAACAUACCGUAGUUGUAGUACAUCGUCGAUCUGCGCGAUUAUCACAUCUAACAAAACAAAUAACGAAUAUGAUUUUAGUUCAAAUUAUGAUUGUACUCUGCUGUGAAACUCCGUUUGCUGUUGUACAAAUUUACACAUGUGCAACAAAGCAUAUGUCUAAAAGUGCAUUGCAACAAGCUGAAGAACAAUUAAUUCAAAUGGUUGUUGUCACUUGUAAUUAUAGUACAUUUGCUAGUUCAUUCUAUUGUUAUUACGUAGCAUCGAAACGGUUUCGUAAGCAGACGAUCGAAGUGUUAACUCUUUGUCCAUGGCAUCGAAAGAAUCAACCACUUUCAUCUUCGUCUGAAACAACUGGUAAUAUUCUGAAUCAACAACUACUGACACAAAUUUAA